GGGGGGGGCGGCCGGGAGCCGCCGCCGCGGCGGGGCGGGGGGCCCGUGGGUGCCCGGGGCGGCGGGAGGGGGCGGUGUCCGGGGACACGCGUCAGCCGCCACCGCCGCCGCCGCGGGGUCCCUCCUCCCCCGCGGCCUCGCGAUCCCCGCGGGGAUGAUCCGCGCCGCCUCACCCCCACCGUAGCGGCGCGGCCGGGCCGCCUCCGCCAUGAAGCGGAAGAGCUGGGCCGAGGCCCGGCGCCGCGCCGCCGCCGCCCCCCCGGCGCCGCCGGCUCUGAAGAGAACUCGGAGCGCGGCGGCCAGGGCGGCGGGGGGCGAGACGGAGCGGAGAGGGCAGCAGCAGCAGCAGCCGCCGCCGACACCCCCCGCCGGGACCGAGACCUGCGUGAGGAUCGCCGAUCGCCUUUAUUUUGCAAUUCUCUGCCAAAAACCAAAGAGUGGAGCUGCAAAUACCCAUUAUUUCUGCAUUGACGAUGAACUUGUGUAUGAGAACUUUCAUGCAGAUUUUGGACCACUCAAUCUGGCAAUGGUCUACAGAUACUGCUGCAAACUAAAUAAGAAAUUAAAGUCAUUUUCAUUGAUAAGGAAGAAAAUAGUUCAUUAUACUGGCUUUGAUCAGAAAAAACAAGCAAACGCUGCAUUCCUCAUAGGUUCCUACGCAAUAAUAUACCUGAGAGAAUCACCAGAAGAUGUGUACAGGCUUGUAUUGGCUGGAAGCGUUUCGUAUCUUCCUUUCAGGGAUGCUUCAUUUGGUACUUGCAGUUUUCAUCUAACGUUGCUGGACUGUUUUCAUGCAAUAAGCAAGGCUUUGCAGUGUGAUUUUCUGAAUUUCGAUGUGUUUGAUGUAAAUGAAUAUGAGCAUUAUGAGAGAGCAGAAAAUGGAGAUUUUAACUGGAUAAUACCAAACAAAUUCAUUGCCUUCAGUGGACCUCAUUCAAGAAGUAAAAUUGAAAAUGGCUAUCCCCACCAUGCUCCAGAAGCUUAUUUCCCAUACUUCAGGAAACACAAGGUCACCACUAUAAUACGCCUCAACAAAAAAAUGUAUGAUGCUAAACGUUUCACAGAUGCUGGAUUUGAGCAUUUUGACCUAUUCUUUGCUGAUGGAAGCACACCUAGUGAUACUAUAGUUAAAACAUUUCUAAAUAUUUGUGAAAAUGCUGAAGGUGUCAUAGCUGUUCACUGCAAAGCUGGUCUUGGACGAACUGGCACACUUAUUGCCUGUUAUAUUAUGAAGCACUAUCGGAUGACAGCUGCUGAAACUAUUGCCUGGAUCAGAAUAAAUAGACCUGGUUCAGUGAUUGGACCACAACAACACUUCCUGAUGGAGAAACAGGCAGAACUUUGGACAGAAGGGGAUAUCUUCCGUGCAAAGUUGAGAGGAAACCGUAAAAUUGCUGUAACAAGAAUCCUGUCGGGGGUAGAUGAUAUUUCAAUUAAUGAUACUAGAAACAGAAGAAUGAUCCGAAAGGACAUUGAACUGUAUAGUGAUGAAGAUGAAACAAAUUGUAUAACACAAGGUGAUAAGCUUCGUGCUCUGAAAAGUAGAAGGCAAGCAAAAGCAACAGCUGCAUCUCCGCUAACAUGGCUUCUAGCUAUGCUGGUGUCUACACUGUGUAGCAUUGUCAUCUGGUGGAUUGUAUGUGGCUCCCUUCUUCCCAGCCUGCUAUUCUGUCUAGAUGGUUUAAGAACAUAGUAACCAUCAGGACCCCCUGAGAGAGAGCCACUGUCAGCCAGUCCAUCCCAAGGACUAGAACAGUAUUGCGUUAAAUUUCAAACAAGCAACCAGUAUUGAAAGGGGAUAUCCAGGAAUGAAGGGGAUACAACUAUAACAGACUUGAUGCAAUUCUAGGAAGAUGACCUUGGCUUCAUUUCUCAGCAAAGGUUAAGCAGAAGGAACUCCUUCGUACUUGUAGAAUAAAAUGAACUGUCAACAUGCCCAAUAGACAGUUUCCUAAUUGCUAACACUUCCUCAAACAAUGCCAACAAAAUCUGUGUAAAUUCAGACUCAGGUGUAAAUAUGUAAGUUCUCUAUUAUAAAGAGGGCUUCCUAGUAUAUAUGAUGCAUGUGUAUAAAUUGUGAUGGCAAUCACUUAUAGCUGCUGACCACCAGAAGUGAAAAGAUGGUGGGAGUUUUUAAAUAUAUAUCUGUGUUGUUCAUUCAGACUGGGCUCAAGUCUCCACUUGAGACUGAAACUCAACCACAAAGGCUUUUUACUUGUAGUAUGGGUACUCUCCUGCGUUAAUUGGCUAUUGUUUCUUACUUUGUAUGACAUUUUUUUAUGAAGCCGCAGUGUUGAGAACACAGUUAACUAUUGUCCACCAAAGAGUGCUUUAUUUUCAAAGUUUUUUUUCUUCUCUUUAGUUAUGAAGAUAAAAAAACAAAACAAAAAACAAAACUAACAGAAAGCAAUUAUGUUGCUUUUAAUAGUAAUGAGUUUUUUAAUUGUUCACAACCACUGGUUCUUUUACCUAAUAGGAAUUGCUUUAAAUCUGGUAUGAUUUUAAUAGGGAGGAAAAACAGCUUACCAUUUAAAGCAGUGCUGUCAUACUGAAAUGUCAUUACUGUUUCUUUUCAUAUCUUCAAGUCUUUUAAGCGAGACUUUAGAUAACUGUACCUGAAAGGUAAGACUUUUUUUUUUCCCCAGGUUUUAUUGGUACAUUUAAUAACUUAUGAAUGUCACUGUUUUUUUUUUUUUAACUUGAAGACACUUAAUGCGUGCAGCACCUUAAAAAAAAAAAAAAAAAGGAAAAAUAAGCUUGCUGUACAUCUGAGAUUGGUAGUGGAACUCAGGGGCAGGUAUAAUUAUUAACAUCUAAUUAUAACACAUUAAAAACUACAGCUUACCUCUCAGUUAAAAGCGGUGUAAGUUUUAGAGCAAUCUGAGGCUGAGAUUUUCAUCCACUACAAGACUGUCUUCAAACACUGGCAGCCUUUUUUCUUUACCACUUUUCACACUAUGAAAUCUCAAAGGCUUGCUUUGCAGCAAUUCAUCCUUGUCUGCCGGCUGGAAGUUCAUAGUUGCGUGUCCCUUAGACGAGGACUGGUACCACAUAGCCUUAAAUAGAAUACAGUUCUCUCUUGAUUUGGUAACUCUUAUAGUAGAAAGGAGUUGAAAAUUACAUCUGGAGAGUUAGCAACAGAGUUUUUAAACGAUACGGAUCACCUUUGCAAGGGGGAGAAUUUUCUUUCAAUGAAUGUAAAUAGGCAGGAACAGUGACUAGUUCCAGCCUCUUUAAAUAAAAGGAAGUUUUCUGUUAUGCUGGUAGUUUCUCAAUGCCACUGUGAAUAACCACACAUUGGUCUGAAUAUUUUUUUUUGUGGCAGAACAGUGCACCAUGAGUUGGAGGGGAGGCAGGAUAUAAAAUGUAUGUGAGCUUACAGAUAGCAUCUGUGAGUUUGGGUACUACAGCUUUUCAAAUAUGAAUACAAAGAGAACAGGGAAGGCUUGCAUGGUGCGAAAUAAGGAGCACUGAGGCUUAGACCCUAAAUAUUUUUGGUUUACCACUUAAUCAUCACCCUCACCUCCACUCUCUUCUAGGUGAAGCACACCUAAAAGAAUGAAUUCACCCUGAUAAAAAGAUUAAAGUUUUUUUUUGUUUUUUUUUUUCUUUUUGGCCCUUUGCCCUAAAGGGGAAGUACAGUUGGUCACAAUAACAAGUAUGUUGUGCAAAUACAAUUUUUUUUUUUGAGGAAAACUAUAAUCUUGAGAAUAUGAUCAGUAAACCGAUUUUAAGUCUUUUUAGGCAGAAAAAAAUGUAUGAAACUAGUGUGGUGAGAGCUAAACGAAAAUUUCAUUAGUAUUUGUUUGGCUUUGCCCAUCUCUCAGAUGAACUGAUUUUUAAUGUAAAAAUACCCCUUCAAAAUUCCAAAUUGGAAUUUCCCUUUUUUAAAGUAACCAGCAAUGCCAGUAGCACUUUCAGGUUCAUCAGAAGAAAUUUGCAUAAAAUAAGUGCACAAACAGACACCACAGCAACUCUAGCUAAACCAAAACUUCAUGUUUGGCAUGAAUGUGUUUCAGGCUACCCCUUUCACUGCUAGUUACCGUGGUGAGAAACACAAAACUGUCAAACAUUUUACAUUGGAACUCUCCAAACAGCCUUAUAUGGUGAAUUAACCCAUUACCUCAUUGUGUCCCAUCUAAUUGUGUCUGUUAGUUUGUAUGAGUUUUUAAUACUUUGUCUUGUAUUUUUAUUAUACCAUACCAAAGCUGUCUUAAGUACAAGCAUAAGGAAUAGGUGUGGGUGAUGGAGUCCUUGGGUUCCAAAUCUGUUUUGAAUUGUGACAUACCGUGUGCCAAAAUUAAAUGUGCAUGGCAGCAGUGCAACAGAGCAGCUGAAGGAAGUUAUUUCUGCUGUUCUCGAUAAGGAGUUUUGGUUAAUCUUACAAAUUCUCUUUCUUCUUUCAAAUACAUGAGAAAUGAAUUCUUCCAUGAUGUUCAAAAGUAUGCAACAUACUUGAAAGCUGUAUUAUCUUAGAUCAAAUUGCCAGCUUCCAUUACAGCAUCAGACCUUGUCCUUUUGCCCCAGGACAACAGAGGAAGUGCUGCUUUUAUUUUUUUAUUUUAAAAAAGAUUCGUAGAGACUCAUGCAUUAAAAUGGAGAAAAAAAAAUUACAAGUGAUAUUCACCAGUUUGUUGCACUGCAGUUUUUAUAUUAAUGGUUUGCAGACUGUUUGUCUUGUGUAAACCCAUGUACAGACUAUCAAGAUCUAGAAGUCCUUGACUAAUCAGUACUGUUCAUCCUGAUUAUUUUUAAAUUGUAUAUUUCUAAUCAUAUUUUUUUAACUUGGAUUGACAGAAUGGGAGUUUAUUUUGCUGAAGGUAUUUUUAAGAUAAAGCUUCAUAUUAUCUUGUAAUAUCAAGUAGUUCAAUAUGCAUUUGUGUGUCAUUUGAAAAUAUUGCAUAUUGUAUUUGGUUUUAUACAAAAUAUUGAAUAGUGAAAAUUGUAAACCUGAAUUGUGUAAAAUUAAAAAUAAUAAUCAGAA